GCGGGCGGGGGAGGAGGGAGAGAUCGGAGGCGCCCCUCCCAGUCAGUAAGGUUGCGCGUGCCCCUUGCGGCCGCCGAGAUGGUGGUGGGCGCGUUCCCCAUGGCGAAGCUGCUAUACCUGGGCAUCCGGCAGGUCAGCAAGCCUCUUGCCAACCGCAUUAAAGAGGCCGCCCGCCGAAGCGAGUUCUUCAAGACCUAUAUCUGCCUCCCGCCGGCUCAGCUGUACCACUGGGUGGAGAUGCGGACCAAGAUGCGCAUCAUGGGCUUCCGGGGCACGGUCAUCAAGCCGCUGAACGAGGAGGCGGCCGCCGAGCUGGGCGCCGAGCUGCUGGGCGAGGCCACCAUCUUCGUCGUGGGCGGCGGCUGCCUGGUGCUGGAGUACUGGCGCCACCAGGCGCAGCAGCGUCGCAAGGAAGAGGAGCAGCGCGCCGCCUGGAACGCCAUGCGGGACGAGGUGGGCCACCUGGCGCUGGCGCUCGAGGCCCUGCAGGCGCAGGUGCAGGCGGCGCCACCGCAGAGCGCCCUGGAGGAGCUGCAGGCGCAGAUGCAAGAGGUGCGCGCCCAGCUCGGCGCCCAGGACCCGCCACCCGCACCCCAGGCAGCAUCCGCGUCCCAGGCAGCGUCCAUGUCCCGGGCAGUGACCUCAUCCAAGGAAUAGGAACCUGCUGAAGCCUGAACGUAGAUGUGGCCCUUUGUGCCCUGAUGUGGCCUUCUCCCUGCGUUACCCCUGCCUGUGCUGGCCCAGUGGAAACCACCGGGGUGUGGAUGGAACUUGGACUAAGUCACCCCUACUAACCAGUGGUACCUUCCACUGCGACCCGCCCCCAGCUGGCGAAUCUUUCCAGCAUAGCCCCGUCCAGUCUCUAGCUCAUUUGGUACAGUCCGCAGCGCUCAUCUCUCCACGCCCACUCCAAACCACACAGACGUAUGAGGUCCCAGCGAGCAGGACAACGUGCUCACUCCUCUGGCAGAAGAAAAAAAUGGAACCAGACUUGAGCCAAAUCAACCUAUCAGCCCCCCAUUUACUCAGUCAGUGUUACCUUUCCCGGGGACGCUCAUCCUUUACACCAGAAUACCUCCUUCCCUUUGUCAGUUGGUACAGGCCAUUGUAAGGAAACGCGGUGUCUUUCAGUGAGCUUCUGCCUCCCUCACCUUCCUAAGGUGGGCUGUCUGUGGGCAUCGCUCCUCUCUUUGAGGGGGGAAAAAAAGAAAUCUUGGCUUGCAGUUGAUCUAUCAAAUAUUACAUCUUUCUCCUUAACCUGAUCCAUGAUCCCUUCCCCCGAGACUCUCAAAUGGAAUAUUCCAACAGAACCCCCUCAUCCUUCAGUCUAUAGCACAAGCCACUGGAAUGGCUGUGCAAGGUCUUCUCCUGGCAGUGCCCUACCAGCCCUGCUUCUGGUGGAAAGUUCCAUCCUGCCUAUGGCUAAUCCGACAUGUCUUUCAGCCUCAGCCUCCUGUUUACCUGUCCUCAGAGUCCCUGGGCCUUUCCUGACGUGUCCUUUCCUACUUCCCCCACUGUCUUCUUCAGCGCCCUCUCUCAGGGGACUGCCCGCCAUGGGUUAGAUGACCACACCCCCUAUGUUCCAUCAAAUCUGCAGAUCUCUGUGCUCUUGCCCUCCUCUCCUGGGGCUCUGGACUGGUCCAGCAGCCCCCCUGCUGCCUCCAUAGCCCCAAGUCCCACCUCCAUCCCACUGGGCUAGGCCGCCAAUGGGUCUUACCUUCGUUAUUUAGCUUCCAGGGCUGCCAUAACAAAUGACUACAAACUCAGUGGCUUAAAACAACAGGACUUUAUUCUUUCGCAAUUCUGGAGGCCAGAGAUCUGAAAUCAAGGUGUUGGCAGGGUCUCUAUCCCUCCACAGGCUCUAGGGGAGGAUCUUUCCUGCCCCUUCAGCUUCGGGUGGCCUCAGGCAUCCCUUGGCUGGUGGCCGCAUGUCUCCAGUCUCUGCCUCCAUCUUCACGGGGCCUUCUCUUUCUCUCCGUCCCUUGUAAAGACUCUAGUCAUUGGGUUUAGGGCCCACCCUAAAUCUAGGAUGAUUUCACUUCAAGAUCCUUAACUUAAUUAUACCUACAAAGACCCUUUUUCCAAAUAAGCUCCCAUAACUUUCCCUGGGUUAGGAUGUGGACGCAUCUUUUGGUGGGCCACCAUUCAACCCACUACACCUCCCCACCCUGGGAGUAAGCUGGGACUCCUGCCAACCCCGUGGGACGUGUGGGAAACCAAACCACGCUUCACUACCUGGAGUCUCUUCCAAGACUCACCUCUGAAGCGGAAGGGUCUGGACCCUACCAGUCUGCAUCCUGUCUUUCAGACUGUAGAUGUUUCCUAAUUAAAAGAGCCCUGGAAUGAGGAAGUCGUCUGAAGGAUGUGUCAGAGAAUCAUGAUCUGAUCUCCAAAAUGGGUACAAGUCUCAUUAAAAUUAGGAGAGAAGCUGAGAGAGUUCCGAUGGGGGUGAGUGGUAGAGCGUCAUCCAAGACUGGGAAACGGAGGCCCCAGGGAAGCAAAGGGACUUGCCCACGGCCAAGAAGCCAGUGAGGUGAUGAAGUAUUAUAGUAAGAGCAGAGGCAGGGAGGGAGAUGGAGGAAGGAUGCAGGGUGCUUGACGGUUCUGGUACAGGGCGAGGAGGAAGAUGAGAGGGAGGCGGGUUCCUGGGGGAGGGGCAGAAAUUGCUACACAGAGGCCAAAGGCAUCCCAAGGGCAGCACUGAGGGUUGGGAUCCCACAAUCCUCUAUCAGAACAGCCCCAGAUUACACCCAAGAUCUUAGCGUUUAAUGAAUGAGUUUAGAUCAAUUCCAUCUGGGCCCGUUUCCCAGUAGCUAUAGGUGAAGUGAGAGGGGCCAGUGUUCUCUCCCUUCCUCACCUCUCUUCCCCAGGGGAAUGAAAAUGAUCUUGACACAAGACCUACCCAGAUAGAAAACAAGAAACCGGGGUUCCAAAACAGCAUCUUAACUCCUUCUAGAAGCGCCUCCAUUAAUGUAGAGGGAACUGAGGAGGUGGGUCCCAGGUAGGGGUGUCUUUAAAAUUGGAAGCGACUUGAGUGGGUUAAAUGAUGAGGGGAAGAAGGCAAGCACAGAGCUGCCACUGGAUGAGGGGGUGAUUGAUGGAGCCAGGUGAGCGGGCUCAGUGCCUAUUUCCAUGGUUACCCCGGGUGGGUCCACUCUGGCACUGACACAUCUCUGGAGCACAGGUUGCUGGAGGCCAGGGACUGUGACUGUCCUCCCCACAGCAUGUCAGUGUCAGUGUCCCAUUUUGUCAAUAAGGCGUGGUCUUUAUCAAAGUAGGUGGAGUUUAUUGGGCUCUGGUUAGGUGCAGGUCACUGUUCUAAGUGCUUUACAUAGUCCCCAUAACAUUCUCUUUGUUUCCUUGAUGAGGAAACCAAAGCAUAGAGAGAGAAAGUCAUCUACUCAAGGUCACACGGGCAGGGAAGAAGCAGAGGUGGGGCGUGAAGAUGGGCAGUCUGGGUCAGAGCCCCUAACCCCUGCGCCAUCCUGACCCUGAUGUAGUACUGCUCUCACAUCUCCGAGACUCAAAACUCAGCCCUGACGUGUACUUCCAUGUGGCAAGACCUCGUGACAUGCAGGCGCUUCACCCACUGGAUGGGGGUGGGAUCAGCGGAUAUGGAAGUGGAAAGAAUCCCCUCUCAAAAUGCACAAGGCCAGAGGAUGGUUCAUCUAACUAAAAUUUUGUAUACAUUUGUGACUUGGGGAGAGGGGUUAGAAUAAAUUUGUGAUUCAGAUUGGUUGUCUUCAAG